CCUCUCGUGGCUACCCAGGGACAGAGAGGUUGGCUCCAGGAUCGCCCUGCCCCCAGAUGCCAACGUCACUUCCGCCCUCAUAAUCUGCGACGUGGCCGGCUUCUUCUGCCCGGGAGAGGACGUCACUUCCGCCGAGUCCCUGACCUGCCGCUAGGAUCGCGACGGGAACUGGAGCCCGAGGUCCCCGCGCGGCCCGGGCCUGGCGCCCUGAGGGGAAGAGCGGCCCGGCCCGAGGGCGCUGGGGUAGAGACUUUGACUCCAGUCCCUUCGCUAGCCAUGACGGACGGGAUCCUAGGGAAGGCAGCCACAAUGGAGAUCCCCAUCCACGGGAAUGGUGAAGCUGGGCAGCUUCCUGAGGAUGAUGGGCUGGAGCAGGACCUCCAGCAGGUGAUGGUGUCAGGACCCAACCUCAAUGAAACCAGCAUUGUGUCUGGUGGCUAUGGGGGCUCUGGUGAUGGACUCAUCCCCACAGGGUCUGGCCGCCAUCCAUCUCACAAUACCACUCCUACUGGCCCCGGAGAUGAGGUGGCUCGGGGAAUCGCUGGAGAGAAGUUUGACAUCGUCAAGAAAUGGGGCAUCAACACAUAUAAGUGUACAAAGCAGCUGUUAUCAGAGCGAUUUGGCCGAGGCUCCCGGACUGUGGACCUGGAGCUAGAGCUGCAGAUUGAGCUGCUGCGUGAGACGAAGCGCAAGUAUGAGAGUGUCCUGCAGCUGGGCCGGGCACUGACAGCCCACCUCUACAGCCUGCUGCAGACACAGCAUGCACUAGGGGAUGCCUUUGCUGACCUCAGCCAGAAGUCCCCAGAGCUUCAGGAGGAAUUUGGCUACAAUGCAGAGACGCAGAAGCUGCUGUGCAAGAACGGAGAGACGCUGCUAGGGGCUGUGAACUUCUUUGUCUCUAGCAUCAAUACGUUGGUAACCAAGACCAUGGAAGACACACUCAUGACUGUCAAACAGUAUGAGGCUGCCAGGCUGGAAUACGAUGCCUACCGGACAGACUUAGAGGAGCUGAGCCUAGGCCCCCGUGAUGCAGGGAUGCGUGGUCGACUUGAGAGUGCCCAGGCCACUUUCCAGGCCCAUCGGGACAAAUAUGAGAAGCUGCGGGGAGAUGUGGCCAUCAAGCUCAAGUUCCUGGAAGAAAACAAGAUCAAGGUGAUGCACAAGCAGCUGCUGCUCUUCCACAAUGCCGUGUCAGCCUACUUUGCUGGGAACCAGAAACAAUUGGAGCAGACCCUGCAGCAGUUCAACAUCAAGCUGCGGCCUCCAGGAGCUGAGAAGCCCUCCUGGCUAGAGGAGCAGUGAGCCACUCCAGCCCAACCUGGCUGUCAAGAAGGACAUUGGGAGGGGCAGUCCCAGGGUGGGGGAGAUUUGGACAUGGGACAUCCCUUGCCACCUGCGCUCUGGCUUGGGUUCCCUUUCCCUGGCUGGGGCCUGACAGGAGGUCUGCAGGCCCAGCAGCUGCUGCCCUGUCCUUUAUCUUCCUGGCCACUGGGCUUCAUUCCCAGAUCUUUUCCUUCCACUCCACAGCCAAAGGCUAUGACAAAAACCACUCCCUGGCCAAUGGCAUCACUCCUCAGGCCUAUCCCAGUUCCUGGGGUGUGCCCCCUGACCAAUGGCAGAGCCUCAAAAGGCCCUGUCAGCCAAUGGCAGCUCUUCUUGGGCUCCCCUGGGCCAAUGAUGUUGCCUCCAAUAUCCUUUGUCCCUCCUCAAUGCGUGCCCAUUGCAGAGAAGGGGACUGGGACCAAAGGGGUGGGGAUAUGGGGAGCCCCAUUUCUGGCCCUGCAUCUGAAUGGGUCUCCCCUCACCUACCCACCCAGUUUAAUUGUGCUUAGAGCCCUGGAAGAUUGGGACCUAGCACUAGGAAUAAACCUUUCAUAAAAGCA